CUAGCCACAGAAAAGAGGUCGCUGGCAUUUUUGGGUACUCUCAGAUCAGACAUUUCAAGAAAUCCCAUAUAAAUUUGAUGAAAUUUCCAUCUUCGUCUUCAAUUGCACCAAAUUCUUGAAGCUAUGGCAUCUCUUCUAGCCAACGGAAUCUUACCUUUCUCGCCGCAGCCUGUUUCUGAGCUCACCAAAGGCUCUCUAUUUCACGCCGCCUCCAAAUUCCCAAAUUUUCGAAACCCUAAUUCGAAAACUUCCUUCAGGAUCAGGGCAGACGUCAGCUAUGAGCCGAAGACCACCAUCGACGCUCCGGAUAAGAAGCCCUCGUCGGAAGACGACGACCCACUCCAGAAGUUCUUGAAGCGGGACUACAAAUGGGGAUUCAAUCAAGAAAUCGACUCGUUUUCGAUUCCGAAGGGGCUAUCCGAGGAGACGAUGCGGUUAAUUUCUUCACGGAAGAACGAGCCGGAUUGGAUGCUGGAGUUCAGGUUAAAAUCUUACGCUAAAUUCGUCAAAAUGAAAGAACCAACAUGGUCAGAUAACAAGUAUCCCAAAAUUAAUUUUCAAGAUAUUUGCUAUUAUUCAGAGCCCAAAAAGAAACCUACUUUGAAUAGCCUCGAUGAAGCUGAUCCUGAGCUAAUUAGGUAUUUUGAUAAAUUGGGGGUUCCUUUGAACGAAAGGAACAGAUUAGCUAACGUAGCUGUUGAUGCUGUUCUAGACAGCGUUUCCAUUGCUACUACACAUAGAAAAACUUUGGAGAAGGCAGGGGUUAUCUUUUGUUCGAUUUCGGAGGCCAUUCGGGAGUACCCUGAAUUAGUGAGGAAGUAUUUGGGCAGGGUUGUUCCUGCAGAUGAUAAUUACUAUGCUGCUUUGAACUCGGCCGUGUUUAGUGAUGGUUCAUUUGUGUACAUUCCGAAGAACACCAAAUGUCCGAUGCAAAUAUCGACUUAUUUUAGGAUAAAUGCGAUGGAGACCGGGCAGUUCGAGAGGACCUUGAUAGUCGCUGAUGAAGGGAGCUUUGUGGAGUACUUGGAGGGCUGCACGGCUCCUUCUUACGAUACCAACCAGUUGCACGCCGCAGUGGUCGAGCUUUAUUGCCAUGCCGGGGCCGAGAUUAAGUAUUCGACUGUUCAGAAUUGGUAUGCAGGGGAUGAGAAUGGGAAAGGAGGGAUAUACAAUUUUGUUACCAAGAGGGGACUAUGUGCUGGUUCUCAAUCGAAGAUUUCGUGGACACAAGUGGAGACUGGAUCGGCUAUUACGUGGAAGUACCCGAGUGUUGUUUUGGAGGGCGAUGAAUCUGUCGGCGAGUUUUAUUCUGUGGCGCUCACUAAUAACUACCAGCAGGCUGACACGGGAACGAAGAUGAUUCACAAGGGCAAGAACACUAGGAGUAGGAUUAUCUCUAAGGGGAUUUCUGCCGGACAUUCGAGAAAUUGUUACAGAGGUCUUGUCCAAAUGAUGUCUGGUGCAGACAAUGCUCGAAACUCCUCGCAGUGUGAUUCGAUGCUAAUCGGAAACAAUGCUGCUGCGAAUACUUAUCCUUACAUUCAGACCAAAAACCCGACAUCCCGGAUCGAGCAUGAGGCCACGACCUCCAAAAUCGGCGAAGAUCAGCUGUUCUAUUUCCAGCAAAGGGGCAUCGAUUAUGAAAAAGCUAUGGCUGCUAUGAUAUCUGGGUUUUGCCGCGAUGUUUUCAACGAACUUCCAGAUGAAUUCGGUGCAGAGGUGAACCAGCUCAUGAGUUUGAAGCUGGAAGGAUCUGUCGGUUAGAUUCUCGCACACAGAUAAAGCACCAAAGCUCUGUAAAUCUCUCGACAUAUCAUAUCGGUUUUUGUUGUAUCGUCCAAGAAAAUCCAAACAUCGACCAUCUCUUACACUCUUCAUAUAGCUCAGCUUUACUAUCUGUAAAUGUUCGGUAUGCAUUUCAUCUUCCUAAUAAGCUACACUUAGCUUUGUUGUCUGUACUAUGUACACGUUUUUAUGGAACGCCGUGUGAUUAUUAUUCUUAAUAACAGAUGUCUAAUUUUCA